AUGGCUACCUGGUGGCAGCGCUCCGAGAGGCACGCCGCUCCGCUUGGCCGGCCACGCAAGUCGCCACUAGCACACGCUGGCCAUGCGUUGAAUCGACGCUUGAUUGAUCGCGGCGGGGGGCAUGGUAAUCGCCAGUUGGUCGUGGCUGCUCCAGAAGAGAAGGCGGGCGUCUAUCGUGAGUCUUCAUCGGCUGCUUCAAUCGGCCGAAGACCACCGCGAGGUCAGAGCGACCGACCGAGCGGUGCAGCUUUGGCUUCAAUGUCUGGCUGCCACCCUGAGCCUCAGGGCCUGAGGAGGAUGCAGCGAAGGCCUCCGAGCUCCGAGACUCGAAAGAGGUUGCCGUCCUGCUAG